AUGAGAUUGAAGGAUUCAAAUAUAUUUAAGAUUAAAAAGUAUGUCAAAGUUCAUUCGUGUUCUCUUGACGUUUUGAAUCGUGACCAUAGGCAAGCAAAAUCUUGGGUUGUUGGAGAAUUAAUAAAGUCAAAGUUCAAGGGAGUCGGUCGUCUAUACAAACCGCGUGAUAUCAUAGAAGACAUGAGGCAAGACUAUGGCAUAAAUAUGAGUUAUGAAAAAGCAUGGCGCGCUAGAGAAAAUGCGUAUGAACGAGUGCGCGGGUGUCCUGAAGAGUCAUAUAAUCUAUUGCUUAGAUAUGGUGAAGCUCUCAAACUUGCAAAUGUAGGUACAAUAUUUCACAUGGAACUUGAAGAUAAUCGUUUCUUCAAAUAUCUUUUUAUGGCUGUUGGUCCAUGUGUUCGAGGAUUCUUAAACUGCAUUAGACCGGUUAUAGUCAUGGAUGGAACAUUCCUUAAGAACAAAUAUCGGGGUCAGUUGAUAGUUGCUGUUUGCUUGGAUGGUAACAAUCAAAUUUAUCCUCUUGCCUUUGGAGUGGUGGACAGAGAAACAGAUGCUUCAAUACAGUGGUUCUUAGAGAAAUUGAAAGGUGCAAUAGGAGAGGUGCCUAAUCUAGGCUUCGUGACAGAUCGAAAAACAUGUUUUUCUAAGUGUAUUGCAUCGGUUUUUCCCUCCGCAUUCCAUGGACUUUGUGUCCAACACUUGACUCAAAAUUUGAAUGAUAAAUACAAGAAUGACACUAUAGCUACUUUGUUUUACAAUGCAUCUAGAACAUACGUGAAUCAACGUUCUCAGAAGCGUGGAGAAGUAUUCUUGCAUUUCCUAAUGAUUCAGGAAAAUAUUUAA